CCUCGUCUUCUCUUUUAGGAGGAGGAGAGGAGGCGCAGCGCAUUGAGCUGCUCAAUGGGCCGCGGAAGGGAGGGAUGAGCACAUGCGGGGAGGAUGAUCCACUGACUGAAUGAACCAACCGAGCUGGGCUAGCUUUGCAAAUACGGUUUGACCCCGCCCUGAGUGGACCUAAGGCGUCUUCCUGCAGAGUCCAGUUGGCAGGCAGGCUGCACCACCAGAACUGGAUCCAGCAGCCAUGUCGAAGUCUCCUUCCUAUCUCAUCCCUUCUUUCCCCUUCCUUUUCUUUGCCUCCUUUGUUUUCCUCCUAUCCUGCUCUGGAUCCGUCCAAGCACACUCACCUCAGAACUGCUCAGCCGGGGGUGACCCAUGUCAAGAUGGCGUGCUGCUGCCUGUGUGGAACCCCCAGAACCCUUCGGUGGGCGACAAAGUGGCACGGGCCAUUGUUUACUUCGUUGCGCUCGUCUAUAUGUUCCUGGGAAUGAGCAUAAUAGCAGACAGAUUCAUGUCCUCCAUAGAGGUCAUAACAUCCCAGGAGAAAGAGAUAACCAUAAAGAGGCCCAAUGGCGAGACUACCACCACCACUGUAAGGAUCUGGAAUGAGACAGUCUCCAAUCUGACCCUCAUGGCGCUGGGCUCGAGUGCACCUGAGAUUCUGCUGUCCGUCAUUGAGGUGUGCGGUCACGGCUUCACAGCGGGAUCUCUGGGCCCGAGCACCAUCGUGGGCAGCGCCGCCUUCAACAUGUUUGUCAUUAUCGCGCUGUGCGUCUACGUGGUGCCUGAUGGCGAGACGCGCAAGAUUAAACACCUGCGGGUGUUUUUCGUCACGGCCGCCUGGAGCAUCUUUGCGUAUAUUUGGCUGUACCUCAUUCUCAGCGUCUUCUCUCCUGGCGAGGUGGAGCUGUGGGAGGCGGUGCUGACCUUCCUGUUCUUCCCCCUGUGCGUGGUCCAAGCCUGGGUGGCCGACCGCCGCCUCCUCUUCUACAAGUAUGCCCGCAAGCGUUACCGCGCCGACAAGCACCGAGGUGUCAUCAUUGAGACGGAAGGGGGACCGGAUGGAGGCGUGAGCGGGGUGCUGGGCCCGGGCGGCUUCACCAAGAUGGACAUGCUGGAGCUGGAUGGCCAGAUGGCGCUCAACUGCAGCGGGAUGGACGGCGGAAUGAUGGAAGAGGGAGGGGCUAAGGAUGAGGAGGACGAGGCUCGGCGGGACAUGGCGAGGACUCUGAAGGACCUCAAACAGCGGCACCCAGAUAAAGACAUGGAACAGCUAAUUGAAAUGGCCAACUAUCAGGUUCUGAUGCAGCAACAGAAGAGCCGAGCGUUCUAUCGUAUCCAAGCAACCAGGAUGAUGAUCGGAGCCGGCAACAUCCUCAAGAAGCAUGCUGCAGACCAGGCUCGCAAGGUGGUGAGCAGCCAUGAGAUUCAAGCCCAAGAGGAUGACCCGCACACGGUCAGGCUGGAGUUCGAGCCCCCUUUGUACCAGUGCUUCGAGAACUGCGGCUCUCUCAAGCUGACUGUCUCCAGACACGGAGGAGAUGCUGGAGUCACCGUCAAGGUGGAUUAUCGCACCGAGGAUGGCACGGCCAACGCCGGCUCAGAUUACGAGUUUGCAGAAGGAACGCUUUUGUUCAAGCCUGGCGAGACUCUCAAAGAGAUCACCGUGGGGGUGAUUGAUGACGACAUAUUUGAGGAGGAUGAGUACUUCUACGUGCAUCUGAGCAAUCCCCGACUGGUGGGCUACCCGGAGAUCAACACCUCCCCUCAGGACGUGAGCUCCACCCCCAAGGCGGUGCUGGGUGACAACCACACUGCCACCGUGACCAUUUAUGACGACGACCAUGCCGGUAUUUUCACCUUUGAGAUGGCGAGUCAGCGAGUGAGCGAGAGCAUGGGUGUGAUGGAGGUGAAGGUGCUGAGGACAUCUGGCGCCCGGGGCCUGGUGGCUGUCCCUUACCGAACGUUGGACGGCACUGCCAGAGAGGGCGAGGACUACGAGCUGGCGGCUGGCAAGCUGGAGUUCCAAAACGACGAGACCAUGAAAAUCAUCGAGGUGAAGAUUAUCGACGACGAGGAGUACGAGAAGAACAAGGCCUUCACCAUUGAGCUGGGCGAGCCCGUGCUCUUGGAGAUCGGACAGAAGCAUGGAGACUCUAACGAGAACAAACCUGUAGUUGGAGCGGAGGAGGAGGAAGUGGCCAAGAUGGGCUGUCCCAGUCUUGGCGAGAACACACACCUGGAAGUCAUCAUCGAGGAGUCUUACGAGUUUAAGAGAGCUGUGGAUGUGCUUAUGGAGCGUAAAAGAAAGAGUACAGUGGACAAGAUGAUCAAGAAGACAAAUCUGGCGUUGGUGGUGGGCAGCAGCAGCUGGAGGGAGCAGUUUGUCAGUGCAGUGACUGUCAGUGCAGGAGACGACGACGACGAGGAGAGCGGCGAGGAGCGCCUCCCGUCGUGCUUCGACUACAUCAUGCACUUCCUCACAGUCUUCUGGAAGGUUCUGUUCGCCUUUGUGCCGCCCACCGAGUACUGGAACGGCUGGGCCUGCUUCUUUGUCUCCAUCUCGCUCAUCGGCGUCCUGACGGCGGUCACCGGGGACCUGGCGUCGCACUUCGGCUGCACGGUGGGACUGAAGGACUCUGUGACAGCUGUGGUGUUUGUGGCGCUGGGCACGUCAGUGCCAGACACAUUCGCCAGCAAGGUGGCAGCCAUCCAGGACCAGUACGCCGACGCCUCCAUCGGCAACGUGACGGGUUCCAACGCCGUCAACGUCUUCCUGGGCAUCGGCGUGGCAUGGACCAUCGCCGCCGUGGCCUGGCGUGCCCGCGGCCGGCCCUUCAUGGUAGACCCGGGCAACCUGGCCUUCUCUGUCACCCUCUUUACCAUCCUGGCGUCGGUGUGCGUGGUGGCGCUGCUGUACCGGCGGCGGCCGGCAGUGGCCGGCGGCGAGCUGGGCGGCCCGCGGACUUGCAAGCUGUUGACGUCGCUGUUCUUUGUGUCGCUGUGGCUCGUCUACAUCCUGCUGGCCUCACUGGAGGCUUACUGCCGUCUUCCGAGCUUCUAGAGAGACGCGGGAAGACUGAAGGAGCUGAUGGAACUGACUGUGCCAAGGUAGUAGAGGAAGAAGAAGAAGAAGUUACAUCCGUGACGUGCGGUGAGGUUCAUGUCUGGUGAGGCACUCAGAUUUACACAUACACCCCUCAGGUGUGGCUGAUAACUGUCAACUUCACCUCAUGACCUUUAUUGUCCGUUCAGCAAGUAUAUCAACAUCACACAUGAAGACAGAACACAGAAAGUAAACAUUACAUUGUUUUAACAGAUUUUGAUCAGGAAAUGCGCAAAUUUCACUAUUUUUACUUCGGAAAAUGUUCAAAAAUGAUUGGGGAUGUGCAUAAAAUCCAUUUAUAACACAGAUCAGUGGACGAAUAUUGUAGUAAUAUAAUAUAUUCAGAUGUAUAUAUAAAUAUAUACAAAUAUAUAUGAUAUUUAUUUAUGUUAUCAGUUAGUUUUGUGUUUUCCAUGAUGAGGCCUCCCCCGACCGCACGUCACUGACUUGCAUGCACCAGCAAGCAACCAAACUUUGAAGUGAAGGUAGAAAAAUUAUAUUAUGAUCCAUCAUUGACAUUUUAACUCCAAAUACAAUUAUGAUUAUUAUUAUUUAUUUUUAAAAGUAAUCCUGCUGAAGGAGCCUUGGAAAGACAUAUGUAACCCCACCCAUCCUAACACCUGACUCCACCCACAUUUAAUUGCUGUUUAAUCGGUGUUGUUGGUGUGCAACUGUCAAGAAAAACACUUUGCUGAACACGAGGACGGUGACGAAGUGAUGUGGGAACAAGACGCGCUACUUUCCUGUGUGCCCUCAGACUCAAAGAGGAGUUGCGGAAAAAGAUGGACGAACAAUCGCAACUAAGAUUCCACUUUUUUUUCAAUGUUUGUUUAAUUUUCACCUCUUUGCUGCGUGGGAUCACCUCGGACCACGAGGCACCGUGGAAAAUAUCCAGGGCGUACUCACACCAGGCCAAUCAUACCGGAUUGCACACGAACGCGGCAUGAAUAAUCAGUGUGAUAAAAAGGGGAUUUAUGGCUCUUGAAAGGAGCCAGACCUUCAGGAACCAUUCUUUUCAAAGAGCUGUUCAAAAAACUGGCUCAUUUCGUGUUUCUAUUUUUUUUCGUCCCUCUUCACAUUGCGCUUCAAAUCGCAGAUUUUUUGUGUAUUUUUUAUGUUUUAUUUUAAAGCAUAUUCUAAAAAAAAUGUUGGUUCAAACUUAAAGAUUUACAAGCAUACAUAGGACUAAAAAUAUCAAUACUUCAGUAGUAUUGGCUACUCGAAGACACCAAACCAAUCAGAUGUUCAGUGUCAGACUCACUGAUUGGCUCAGCCUCAGGCAGCGUGACUAUAUUGGAUUAAAAGAGUUUAAAGAUGAAUAAAUUGUGUUAUUUCACAUCUAGAGGGCUCUCAUCAUGUUGCAAAACAUAUUUACAGUAAAAGAUCGUAAACAGUUAUUUUAUGCUCUAGCUAUGAAACUAUUUGCUUUAUGAUUAAUGAUUCUUACUUCGCCCAGAUUCAUUUAUCCCAGCCAUGUCCAGAACCAAUUACCAAUAAUAAAUUUGUUUAUAUCAAGGAAACAAUCACUGGCAGCAGUUAUAGAUGCGAUCUCCAUCACAAUAAUACAAACUCAACCAAUGUAUACUCUGUUGGUGGAAGUUAUUCUGAAAAAUCUAAUAUUUAAUUUGGGAUAGGUUAAUUGUGUGAAUGUGAGUGUGAAUGCUGUCUGUCUAUCUGUGUUGGCCCUGUGAUGAGGUGGCGACUUGUCCAGGGUGUACCCCGCCUACCGCCCGAAUGCAGCUGGGAUAGGCUCCAGCACCCCUGCGACACCGAGAGGGACAAGCAGUAGCAAAUGGAUGGAUGGGUGAGGUUUAUAUGUUCAUUUUAAACACUCCACAAGGUGGUGCCAUAGCUCAUAUCUCAUUUGCAUUGACAAGUAAAUCACUAUUUAGAAUUUUCAUCUAAAAUACUUUUUGGAUAAUAAUUAUAGAGAUUGAAAAAACACAAACAAACACAUGAUUAAUAAGAAUAAUAAGUCUACAUAUAUAAAACUAGAAUGAAAAUGAGGUGAAGAUAAAAAUGUAAAUGCAAAAAAUGUACUGGCUGACGUGGUGUUUACACCUUAACUACGUAACAAGUCCGCAUCAGAACAACGAACCAGAAAAGUGAAUCAGCAGAAUUAUUCUACGUUUCCUUUGACUCUGACUCAUUUUUGGGUGUGAUACACGCAUGCUUGGGCAAUUUGUUUAUAAAAUGGCUCCUACACCAAAUGGUUCGCAACCGUGAAUCGGUUCUCAUCGCUCACUUCAAAGAGCCAUUCAAAAGAUUGGACUCGUUUGCAAAAGCCACAUCUCUACAGGUGUGAGAGGGAAGGGCAGUUACAGUACGAGUGGUUUGGCGUGAGUACGCUCUUGGUCACAUGACUGUUGCGUAACUUUUGUUUGUACUCCAGGACAACAACAACAAAAGCCACAAGUGUCUGUUUGUACAGAGGGUCUGCUCUCUUUUUGUCAGUACUGUCACUUCGCCCUGUUUCUACUUCCUACUAGCUAACACAAUACGCGCCCAAUCACCAUAUUGACCCGAAUGCAAGACAAGGUGCUUUGCUCCUAGAAAACUGUCGGGUUGUCUUAUAUUCAGGAUCGAGAGGUUUGUACGUGCAUCUUCCAACACUUUGUCUUGUACAUUUUUGUCAUUUCCGCGUGCUUUUUGCUGUCGUUUUAACACCAGUCCGUAUGGCGUUCACGUUUGAGCUCAAGUAAGUUGAACCGCACCAGAAUUCUCUUGCAAGCGGACCUAGCAAACGCACCAGAGUUCGCUUUUAAAAAGAUGAAGGUGUCGCGGCAUUGUUGAUAAAGACGGAACCGAGGGCUUAUGAUGCUAAUUUAUGGUCAACAAAACACCAAAGAACAGCCGAGCAACUGAGAAAUAUGAUGAACAAAUUCAAAUGAAUUAAAUCUGACAUUGAAAACAUGACUUGUAGGGGAAAAGAGGGCUGCAGUGGGUUUAUAUAACUCACACACGUAACUUGGGUUAUGGUUCGAGAGUUCCGGUCGGACGGGUUUGAAGGGAACUCAUUACCGUUGUUGUGCACAGACUAGAGAAAUGCACGGUUCUAGAGUACUCCUCCAUCCUUAUUGUAAGUUGCUGAAUGUCAUUAAAACAGUUAGUUCCCUCUUUUGACACUCCUCCUUACGCACUACAUUGGUGACCCCGACGUGAUUAAUUAAACCCGUCCGACCGGAACUCUCUAACUAUAUCUCAAGUUCCGUGGGUGAAUUAUGUAAACCCACUACAGGGCGGUCUUAUAUUGCGUGUCGUCUUAUAUUGUGGUCAAUACGGUAUACGCAUGAUUGUGUUGAUGAUCAUAAGUGUGUGUACAUAUGUAUGUGUGUGUGUGUUGUUGAUUUAGAAUCCAGUGAAAGCCAAAGUCCGUCACACAAGGCAUGAAAUGGACCAGAAAGGACCAGUUAUUUGCAAACACAUUGAGGUUGUUGUUUUUUCGCAACGUGAUUGAUUUCAAUGACGUACCAACAAUGUGUGUACUUGAACUACACGAUGUACUGUUUUGUUUUUGUUGAUUCAUGAUACUGCCUGCUUGGGCAAAAUAUGUGGCACCCCUAUGGGUUGUGGUCAAAAGGCUCUGUACGACAUGCUAGCAUACAUGUAAUACAGAUGUCAUCAAAGUUGUAUCAUUAUUUGACAAAUACACAACGACUUACGGACAAUUAGUUGCUAUGUAAGUAUUGAUGCAGCCAUGUAUUUCAACUAUUUGUGUUCUAAUUUUACUCACAUGUGCCUGUCAGUUCCCAAAUGUUGUGGUGAUUCGACUUAAUACCCAUAAGUUACAGUUUGUGUUUUGUUGAGCUGUGUGAGAAAUGUCAAGUCUAUCCAACUUACGGGGGUUUAAUUAUUGCCAUAUGGUGUAUUUGUCAGAAAAAUGUUAGUACAAAUAACACAAUAUUUUAACUCAUUUUCAAUCAUUUAUGCACAGCGGUUCAGAAGUGGAAGAGUUACAUUAUGGUGUGGUAUGACUACAUGCUCAAAUUGUGAAAAGAAGUACCGGUAGGUGGUAUUUUUGCCAAACUAAAGGGUUCCUGAUGAUGUCCAUCAAUGAAACAAUCGUGAUACACACAUACUGUCGAGUUCGCUGCAUGUUUAUCCAUCAGUGACUUCAUGCCAAUCAAAAUGUGACUGGAAAUAAGAGUGGUGCUGAUGUGACAGAAAAAACACAAUGGAGGCACUGAAUUACAACGGGCGGCUUUGUGCAGCCUGAUAAGGUGUGUGUGUGUGUGUGUGUGUGUGUGUGUGUGUGUGUGUGUGUGUGUGUGUGUGUGUGUGUGUGUGUGUGUGUGUGUGUGUGUGUGUGUGUGCGUCAGUCAGUAAGGCAAAAGAACCAUAUUUUUAGCCUUCUUUCCUGUUGCUUAGCGACCAGUCGAUGUCUUCUUGCCUGUUGCUGGCGUGUGCGCGAGUGAUGAGGACUCACCGCGUUGACGCGUGUCACAUUGAACUGACAAGUGGAAUGCCACAAGCAGUGAAUGUAACACUUCAACAAGUGCUCAUUGAUCAAUUAUGUCUCCUUUUUAUCGUCACCUUGACAUCAAGCCAGUGGUAGGAAUGCAUAAAAGAAAGGCCUUUUAUUGUGAAAAGCAGAUCAGAGGGCAGAUGACUCUUCUACAUGCAUGAUAUAUAAAGUACAUUAUGUGUAUAUAUUAUUUACACAACCUAAUUAAUUUCAUAUAUGUUUUUGUGUUGGAAUUUAACACCAUCAGGCCAAGUAAGAAGCGUUAAUGAAGUAACAACAUAUAUUUAAAAAAAACAUUUGUUAUUUUCUGAUUUAUGUGGAAUUUAUUUAAUUUGUGGACUAAUCAAGCUUGUGCAAAAUUCUGAAUUUGAAUUGCAGUUGCAACAGGAAUCAGAAUUUACAUUUUCGUGAAAAUUUAAUUAAAAAUUUUGGGAGUCCCAGAAUCAGGCUUUACUGUAGAUUUCCCACAUGACUGUUUUACGUAUUUCACAGAAAUAUUAGUACAAAGCUCGUGUGCAGAUUUUAUCUUAAUUACAGCAAAUGUUUUUCAUGGACAAUUAAGAAUAAAAGCUCCUUCUAUAAAACAAAUAAUUGAAUUUGAUUUAAUACAAAUACGGCUGUGAUAUGAUUCAAAUAUUUAAUAAUUGCAUGUUGCCCAUACUCAGCUCAUAAAUAUGGCAAAUAGAAUUUUUUUUUUAAAUUUAAUUAGGCCAAAACAAAACCAACAUGAAACUAGGUAAUGUGUUUAAUUUAAAUGUUUUUAAUUUUUAAACAGACGCAAUACAUUUUCCACCUGGUCCAGUCCUAUAUAUAUAUAUAUAUAUAUACACAGUAUAUAUAUAUAUAUAUAUAUACUGUAUAUGUA